CUGGAUGCAGCGCUGAAACUGGAGCUUCACCCUGACACGGUUGCACGCAUACCGGCAAAGACAUGCCGUUUUGGUUCUCCUUUGGUCUUUUGUCGCUGGAGGAUUAUAAUGCUGCAGGUUUUUCAGGAAACAGCUGGACUCAUCGAGACUGAAGAUUCUCUAGGAGACUGAACACUUCAGAGUGUGUCUGUGUGUGCAUGCUGGUUGUUUUUUCAGAGUGCUGGACUGACGCACGGAUACUGCAGCAGAACUGCAGGGGCCUAAACGCUAACCUGGAGGACAUGAGGACCCAGUGGAACCCCCGCCCCUGAGCUCCAAACCCCACUGCUACUGCUGCACAUUCUGCUGAGGUGCUGCUCUCUCCUCUACUUAGGAGAUUUUGCUGAGCAGAGCUCUCAGAGGCCGAUAGGAUGCUGACAGAUCGUGAUGGCGCUCGAGAUGAAGCACAGAAGCUGCACAGGAAAUGGAUGAAGCACCAGGCCUUCAUGGCCGAACUGGCCCGCAACAAAGAAUGGCUUGCCAAGAUUGAACAGGAGGGCGUGGAGCUUAUCCAGGAAAAGCCUGAGUUGCGAUCAGUGGUGGAGAUGAAAUUGAAGGAAAUCCAAGAGUGUUGGUCUCACCUGGAGAACACCACCAAAGUCAAGGCUCGCCAGCUCUUUGAAACUCAGAACCACCGGACUAGCGACUUGCCCACUAACAGCCUCAGCGACCUGGACCAGCAUCUCAAUGUCAUUCAGGAGCAGCCGCCCACACUGGGCUCCACCCACACCACUCAACCCACCCUCCUUCAGCCCCGCCCCACUUUCAGCCAGCAACUACAGAGGAUACAAUCGAUGGAGGCCCAGAUGCAGCUUUAUCAUGGUGUUGGUGAAGUGAGGGGUGGAGAUGAUCAGCAAGAACCAGAGGGGGAGGAGCAAGGAGGCAUGGUGGAGACAAGAAUUGUGCGUCUCAUUGAACCUCUAAAGGAGAGGAGGCGGAUCCUUCUUGCUUCCAAAGAAAUGUACCAAGUCACCCAGGACCUGGAGGAUGAAAUUAUAUGGAUUCAAGAGCGGUUGCAUCUGGCCUCAUCCACAGAAUAUGGAACCAAUCUGCCGAGUGUCCAACAUUUAAUAAAAAAUCAUGAGGCUCUACAGAUGGAGAUGCAGGCUCGAAGGAGCCAUGUCGAGGAGGUGCUGGAGAGGGCGGAGGCCGUCGCUGCCUUGCGGACCCCUGAGGUGGAGCUUGUGCGGGAGGGGGCAGAUCAUGUGAGGCAGCUGUGGGAGGUGCUCCAGGUAGAGAUGGAACGUCGCACAGUGAUGCUGGAUGCUGUAAGCCACGCCCAACAGUACUACACCCAAGCAGCAAAGGCAGAGUCUUGGCUCAGUGGGCAGAAACUUCAGGUCCUCAAUGAGGAAAAAGGAAACGAUGAGGCAAGCACUCUUAGGUUAUUGAAGGAACAGCUGACCUUAGAGCAGACAGUGGAGAAUUAUGUAGAAACAGUGGGCUCACUGUCCCAGCAGUGCCGUCACAUGCUUGAGUUGGGACAUCCCGAUAGUGAGCAGAUCACCAAACAGCAGGCUCAUAUAGACCGGCUGUAUGUGUCUCUGAAAGAUCUGGUAGAGCAGAGGAAGACAAAGUUGGAGCAGCAGUACUGGUUAUAUCAGCUGAAACGAGAGGUGGAGGCGCUGGAGAAAUGGAUCUCUGAGAGAGAGGCUAUAGCCAGCUCCACUGAGCUCGGCCGGGACCUGGAGCAUGUCACGGCUCUGCGGGGGAGCUUCACCAAAUUCUCUUCUGAAACACGCUCAGUGGGCCAGAAGCAGAUGGAUUCUGUCAAUAAGAUGGUGAAUGAGAUGAUUGACUGCAGUCACUCUGACGCUGCGACCAUAGCAGAGUGGAAGGAUGGUCUGAAUGAGUCCUGGGCAGAUCUACUGGAGCUCAUGGAGACCAGAACACAGAUGCUGGCUGCCUCAUACCAGCUGCACAAAUUCUUCACAGACUGUCAGGAGGUACUGGUCCAAAUUGAGGGAAAGAUGAGACAGCUGCCAGAAGUGAGGUCCUGUCAAGUGAGCUCGGCCAACCCUGGCACACUGCAGAGACUCCUACACUCUUUUGAGCAUUCGCUGCAGCUCCUGGUCUCACAGGUGCGUCAGCUGCAGGAAAAUGCUGCUCAGCUGCGGGCGAUUUAUGCAGGGGAGAAAGCAGAUGCCAUUUUUAGCCGUGAGCAGGAAGUGAUGCAGGCCUGGAAAGAGCUCCUGGUUGCCUGUGAGGGCAGUCGUGUACAGAUCACCACAGUAACCGAUAAGAUCCAGUUCUUCGCUGUGGUGCGGGAACUGAGCAUGUGGAUGGAUGGAAUCAUGGGGCAGAUUGGCUCGGCCGACGACGCAAGGGACCUCAAUGUGCUGGAGGGCAUGAUGUCUCAGCAUCAGAGUCUAAAGAGUAAGAUGGAUAACAAGAGCAAGAACUUCGUGCAUUGCGUGGAGAUGGGAAAGAUGCUGCUCGCUGCACGCAACCCUGCAGCUGAAGAGGUAAAGGAAAAGCUGGAGUAUGUCAUAACAAAGCAGAAAGACCUUAAUGAGCGAUGGGAACUGCACUGGGAGAAGCUUCAGCAGGCCCAGCAGAGGCUGCAGUCUAACCAGCCGGGAUUGGUGGAGCAGUCCUGGCUCACAAUGAAAGAGCCAAUCACUAUGAACACUCGUGAAGUAGGGGGCGGGACUGACGAGGUGGAGGAGCUGAUUCGCCGGCAUGAAGCAUUCCGGAAGGCUGCGGCCACGUGGAAGGACCAUUUCAGCUCAUUACGACAGGCAGAGAAGAUGAAGGAGGAACAGAACAAGCCUACCUCCUCUCUCCUCAGCAGGCAGAUGUUCCCUCUCUCAUGUCUUGUGCCCAGCUCCUCCUCCUCUUCUUCGUCCUCGUCUCUUUUCCGAAACCCUCUUCAAGACUCAAUUCUGGAGUCCAAGCCCAGCCCAGACCUCAAACACUCCUCAGAACACACAGUGGCACACACACUCACUCAGCGGCUUGGGUCCACUCUGAACCCCUACACUACGGUCAUGAAUGGCUCCUCCUACCAGGGGCUAAACCAGUCAUCAGCGGUCAUGAUAGAGGGUCUUUCCUACCAUGGGCUAAAACAACAGGGAGUUUCAGGUUUGGAUCAUUCCAGCUAUCAGGGGUUAAACCAACAAAUUGGUGUCUUGGGGGUAAAUAGCUCAAGCUACACUGGAUUAAACCAACAGGGUGUUUUAGGAGAAAACAGCUCAAGCUACCAUAGCCUGAACCAUUUAGGUGCUGUGGGGGUGGUAGAGCCAAAAUUGGGAUAUGCUUGGCAGCACCUGAAAUCUGACUGCCUGCAGCCCAAAAUUAACCACAUCCACAAAGCUGUUCCACCUUUACUGGAGGCACAUCGAGCUCAACUUGCCAGUGGCAUAGCAAAUGUGCCAGCUCCUCCUAUGGGCAUGGACCCCUCCCUGGAGAUGAUCCACAGCCGUUUACAGAGAGACCCCCGUGGGAGCCGCUCCGACCCACAGAUGGAUCACCUGCGGCGGGAGAGAGAGUACCGGCUUGGCCGUCAAACUUCCAGUGAGCAGGAGAUUCAGGCGAGACUUAAUGAGCUCCCGCUCAUCGUUAGGCAGGAGCGUUACCACAGAAGAAUGGAGAGACAGUCAUCCAGCGAGAAGGAGGGCAGCGGAAAGCAUAGAAUACAGAAACAUGACUCUAGUGAUGCAGAUUCCGGGAAAGAGCCAUCCGACAAGAGACCAUCCGGGGAGAAGCAUUCCACUAUGGCUGAGAUUGUUGAACAAGCACAAGAGAGAGAAGCUUGCAAUGCAAGGGGAGAGGUGUACCGGCCAUCCAGCAGCCUCUCUGCACCAGUGAGCCGUCUGGAUAGACCCCGGGCUCGUGAUCGGCCCAAACCACGACGAAGACCUCGUCCAAAAGAACCUGAGGAGCCGCGGAGGUCACGUUCUGCACCUGCCCAGAGCGUCCCAACCACACUCCAACCACCUACACACACCGUCCAUCACGAGGGCUUCCUCUACCGCAAACAUGAAAAGGAGGGCAAAGAGAGGAGCCCAAACAGUAAAUCGUGGGUUAAUCUGUUCUGCGUGCUCAAGCAAGGAGAGAUUGGUUUCUACAAGGAUGCACGACACAAAACCACACCCUACAAUGAUGAGCCAUUUCUCAACCUGGCCAUCUGCACCUUCGACACAACCAAUGGAUACAAAAAGAAGAAGAAUGUAUUCAUUCUCAGGACCUCUGCUGAAGGGGACUACAUCUUCCUGGCUAAGGAUGAGGACGAUCUAAAGGGUUGGGUCAACUGUAUAAAUGCUAGCCUAAAAGAGAUCGAGGAAAUUGCCAAGUGGGAAAAAAACACAAAUUCCUCAACUGACCCUGACAAAUCAGAGCGCAAGGAGCGCUCAGAAGGGGCGGAGCCAUCCGAGGGGGUGGAGAGAUCAGAGAGGUCAGAAAAGUCUGAGCGUUCAGACCGAUCAGAUAAAAUAGAUGCAUCGGACAAAAGCUCAGAAAAGAGGGACACAUCCGAGAAAGAGAGAGGACAACGAGGGGAGAGAGAGAGGGGGGAAAGAGGAGACCGGGGUUCCAGGGGCUCCAGCACUUCGGGAAAAAGCAAAUGACUCAUCUAUCGUUUAUUUACCUAUUCAUCCCUCCUUCUAUCCAUCUUUCCAGAGAGAACUGUUGCUCUGUUUGUCCUGACAGCCUGAUUUUAGGACAGACAUAAUUGAUUAUGUCCUGUGAAAUAUUUAUUGAUGUGUGUGUGUGUGUGUGUGUGCGUGCCAAUGUGUUAAAGAGAAUGUCUAUGAAAGAAUAUGACAGUAAAUGAAAAUAUCCCAGCAUCAGAGGGCCUGUUGAGCUGCCCUGCUUGUCUCUCACAGAAAAGGCACUUUAGAUUAUCGAGGAUGACUAUAGCCCUUAAUAUUUUAGAAGCAUUUUCUUGAAGCAAUAUACUGUAUGUAGUAACUGAAAACAGCUUGUUCCAGCCGCUCUGCUCUUCCAAGUGUGUGUGAGAGAAAGUGAUAAAGAGUAUUUUCCGAGAGAGAAAUCGGAGGUGCAGUAGUUGAUAAUGUUCUCCUAACCGACACCCUCACAGACACCCACUCAGACAUCAGCUGUGUACGGAAUAGCAUACUAACAUACUACUCAUACUAUUGCUGCUGUAUCCAGUAUUUAUACUGCAAAUUUUCUGUAUGCAUACCACAUUUGCCAAAAUGUGCAGUAUAUAAAAGAACAUACUGCAUGGAUUACUAUAUCCCACCAUCCAAUGUGCCUGAUUUGAACAUCCGUUGCAUGUGAUGAAUCAAUCAAAUUACAACUUAAUAUGAUUGGACUGCCAAAUGUCAAGGCAUUUUUACUUAAAAUUUAACCAAAAAUGAAAAAUAGACAUAUUUAUUUCUAAAAUAAAUAAAUUGGAUGGCACUCAUUUGCAAAUUAAAGAGGUGACAUGUUGCACACUGUUGCAUAACACCAAUUGGAAUGCCAACUAUUUCACAUACUAUUGUUAAAUAUAGUAAGCAGGAAACAGUGCAUACUGUGCAGUAUUCAGUAAGUAGUAAGCUAAUAUUCCAUUUCAAACAUAGUCGUUUACACAUGCAUACACACACACAGUGCAUUAAGAGUAAAUGUUACCUGUGGCCAUUCUCUCACCUAAGGCUGUACAUGUCAUCCAUCUGCUGCUUAUAAAAAUGGUUUUAAUCAUGUGAGACGCUUCACAGUGCUGAAGUAAGUGUCAUUCAGUCCAAACUACGCUCUCAAAGCGUCAUGAUGAAGAGUUUUAAUAACAAUCCAUUAAUAUAAUGUGUAACGAUUGUCUGGCAAUGUAUGUGUAUGUGUGUGAAUACAGCUCCAUCCAGAGGGAGCUCAAAUGUAUUAUGUAUAUCUCAUUGAUCGUAUUUAUUAAGAUAUUGCAAUACAAAUUUAAAGUGCAAAAUUAUCUUUAUUCUUUCCUGCACUAAGUAUGAUCAGCCACCCCCGUAUGUGUAAAAAUAUGCUGAUUUUUAUCAUCUGUGGCCCUUACAUCAUCCUUUGAUUGUAAAAUGAUUAGUACACAUAAACUUGUGUGUCUGUGUCUGUGACUGUGUCAUGCUAUAAAGAAAAAGACUGUGUAUAUAUAUAUAUAUAUAUAUAUAUAUAUAUAUUAUACACUGGCGGCCAAAAGUUUGGAAUGAUGUACAGAUUUUGCGCUUAUGGAAAGAAACUGGAACUUUUAUUCACCAAAGUGGCAUUCAGCUGAUCACAAUGUAUAGUCAGGACAUUAAUAAUGUGAAAAAUUACUAUUACAAUUUGAAAACAAUGUUCAGAACUUCUUAAAAUACUUCAAAGUGUUCUCAUCAAAAAAUCCUCCAUGUACAGCAUUCUAGCUGUCAGUUUGUCCAGACACUCAGGUGACAUUUUACCUCAUGCUUCCUGUAGCACUUGCCAUAGUUGUGGCUGUCUUGUUGGGCACUUCUCACGCACCUUACAGUCUACCUGAUCCCACAAAAGCUCAAUGGGGUUAAGAUCCAUAACACACUUUUCCAAUUAUCUGUUGUCCAAUGUCUGUGUAUCUUUGCCCACUCUAACAUUUGCUUUUUGUUUUUCUGUUUCAAAAGUGGCUUUUUCUUUGCAAUUCUUCCCAUAAAGCCUGCACCCCUGAGUCUUCUCUUCAUUGUUGUACAUGAAACUGGUGUUGAGCGGGUAGAAUUCAAUGAAGCUCUCAGCUGAGGAUAUGUGAGGUGUCUAUUUCUCAAACUAGAGACUCUGAUGUACUUAUCCACUUGUUUAGUUGUACAUCUGGCCUUCCAAAUCUCUUUCUGUCCUUGUUAGAGCCAGUUGUCCUUUGUCUUUGAAGACUGUAGUGUACACCUUUGUAUGAAAUCUUCAGUUUUUUGGCAAUUUCAAGCAUUGUAAAGCCUUCAUUCCUCAAAACAAUUAUUGACAAGUUUCUAGAGAAAACUGUUUCUUUUUUUCUUCUUUUUUUUUCAUUUUUGACCUAAUAUUGACCUUAAGACAUGACAGUCUAUUGCAUACUGUGGCAACUCAAAAACAAACACAAAGACAACGUUAAGUUUCAUUUAACGAACCAAAUAGCUUUCAGCAGUGUUUGAUAUAAUGGCAAGUGAUUUUCUAGUACCAAAUUAGCAAUCUAGCAUGAUUACUCAAGGAUACGGUGUUGGAGUGAUGGCUGCUGGAAAUGGGGCCUGUCUAGAUUUGAUCAAAAAUGACUUUUAUCAAAUAGUGAUGCUGCAGUUUUUUACAUCAGUAAUGUCUUGACUAUACUUUGUGACCAGUUGAAUACCACUUUGGUGAAUAACAAUACCUAUUUCUUUCCAUAAGAGCAAAAUCUACACAUUAUUCCAAACUUUUGGCCGCCAGUGUAUAUACACACCGAUCAGCCUCAACAUUAAAACCACCUGCCUAAUAUUGUGUAGGUCCCUCUCGUGCCGCCAAAACAGCACCAAUCCGCAUCUCAGAAUAGUCUUCUUAGAUGCCAUUCUUCACCACAAUCAUCCAUGCGAUUAUCUAAUCAGCCAAUCAUGUGGCAUAAGUGCAGUGCAUAAUAUCAUGCAGAUACGGGUCAGGAGCUUCAAUUAAUGUUCACAUCAACCAUCAGAAUGGGUCAAAAAUGUGAUCUCAGUGAUCUGGACCGUGGCAUGAUUGCUGGUGCCAGAUGGGCUAGUUUGAGUAUUUCUGUAACUGCUCAUCUCCUGGGAUUUUCACGCACAACAGUCUCUAGAAUUUACUCUGAAUGGUGCCAAAAACAAAACAAAAAAAAACAUCCAGUGAGCGGCAGUUCUGUGGAUGGAAAUGCCAUGUUGAUGAGGUCAACAGAGAAUGACCAUACUGGUUCGAACAGACAAAGUCUACGGUAACUUAGAUAACCGCUCUGUACAAUUGUGGUGAGAAGAAAAUCUUCUCAUAAUGCUAUUCUGAGAUGCGGGAUGGCUCUGUUUUGGUGGCACGAGGGGGACCUACACAAUAUUAAGCAGGUGGUUUUAAUGUUGUGGCUGAUCGGUGCAUAUUAGUAUAUAUACUAGUAAACAAAAUCUACUUCUAUGAGCUACAGCGACUAAUUAUACAUCAAAUUAUACAUACAUUUUUUAUCAACUUGCGAAAAUGAGACAAGUUAAAAAUAAUUUCUUGUUUAAAGUGCACCCAGCUUAAAUUGCAACAAAUGUAGUCUCUUUCAUACAGAAACAUAGAGACUGGGAUUGUUUUAUUUUAUGGGAUUGUACUUUCUUCACUGGUCAUUGCUGAGUUCAGACUCUGACUAGCCCCAUUUUCCGUGCAAGAGCAAAUGUCAGCAUCAUAUUCCAACUAAGACCUAUUGAUUUCUAAGACUGAACCUUGUAGAGUCCUUAGCAAAAAUCAUUGAUCAUAAUUAUAAUGUUACCAAGCCCAACACUGUGUACAAACAUCCGCUUGCAGAAAAACAUUAGGACUUACCUAGAGUGAUGUUAUGCAACAAAAACAGAUUUCCAAUUAGCUCUCCCCUAUGGGAUACUCUUAUCAAUUGAAGACGUGUCCUUGUCCUUCAGAGGCUGAUCCAGGGUCAGUAGAUUUAGCAGCAUUCAUACAAUUUUCUACUGUCACAUGGCACAAAAUAGAAACAAAUAAUACCGCAGCCAAUCACACGACAGAAAACAGACCACUAAUCAUUCCUUUUCUCACACCAGUCCUGUUCUGGCCUAGUCAGUGUUUUAGGGUGACUUUGACCUAGUGUGAUGCAGUAAAAUUCACACCAAAUUAGAAACAUACUUUGAUCAUUAUUCCAUAAAAUACAGCAGAAAAUUGUAUAUUUUGUGACCGUUGUUUAUGAUAAAUGUGAUUGAGAAUGAAUGUAUGUUUGUUACCACUGUUUUUGUGUCUGUGUCAUCCUUGCUGAAGUAAUCCCAUCCCCCAACAACCAAGCAAACAGUCAACUGACUCCCCCCACCAGAGAAUAACCAAAAAGAUGAUUUGGACUCAUUUGACUUCACUUUUGGACUCUUUUACUUACCCAAAAUUUGUUACAGAGUGACCUCGCCUAGGGAAUGCCUGUACAAAAAAAAAAAAAAGCACAAUUUCACCCAAAACAAAGCAAUCUGGAGUAUUAGAAAUGACGCACCAUGAUCCCUGCAUUUCUAAAAGCAGCCACACAUGGUCAGUGUUGCAAAGGCAGUGCGGCACUUCUUUCCUCUGUGAGCAGCUGCAAAGGCAAACUCUUAUGCUGAAAUAAACUUUUCUGUGAACUCUUCACCUUCACCUGAACAUAGUCACUAGAUGAUCUCAAUAUCUGUCUGUGAUUUUUAGACCUGUUAGUCAAUUUUCUUUGUAAAGACUUGCAUAAUUUCUUUAACAGUGCCACUUGUCAUUUUCCCAACUUGACCUCACAAUUUAUUUCUGAAAGAAAUGGAAAAGCCCUUAAAUAAUGGAGAAUGUGGUUUUCCCUUUUUAUUUUGUUAUUUAAUUUUUUUUUUUUUUUUUUUUGACAAAGUUAGUUGUUUCACACAUGGAACUAAAGAAAAACACUAUUUAGUUGCAUGAAAGAGAAUAUAGAGGUGAUUUCUAUGCAACAGCUGUGCAUGUUUAUCAAAAGGGUUUCAACCUUCCGCAAAGCACUGGGUUUGGGUCAUGAUUAUGAUAAUAAUGAUUAUGGAGAAAUGAGUGUAUAUCUGAAAUGAGACAUUAAAUCACUUUAUGUACUGAUAUCUGCACUAAUUCAUAAAUACAGGUUGUAUAUAUCA